AUGGCGGGUCCGGGCGAGGGCACCGGCGAGUCCCGCCUCGCGCGGGGUUCGCAAGGGGGGGAGUGGCCCGCGAGGCCCGCGAGGUCGGAAUCGUCCGUGACCGCCUCGAACUUCGUCAAGAUCCAGCCGUCGUGGAUGAGCCGCGACGGCGGCGACGCGACGCGCGGGGACAUCCCGAGGGUCCGGGCGAUGACCGGGGCGCGACCCUCGGGGCAGACGAUCGGGAAGUCCAGGUCCACCGCGCACGACUACUACGCGCCGGAGGAUGUCCUCGACCUGUCCGCGUCCUACGACUCCCCCACCGUGCGCCUGCCGCCGGUGAGCCCGGGUAAGCGGUCGAGCGCGCCGAACCUCUCCGGCUCCCUCGCGCGCGCCUCCAAGGGCCCGCGAGCGUCGCUCGCGCAAUCGCAGCCGAGACGGUCGGAGCCGGCCGCGCGCUCGUCUUCCAACGACGGGCGCGCCUUGAUGGGCAGCUCCGCGUCGCGCGGCUCGCUCGGCGCCGGGUCCUGGGGCGGGUUCGACGCGGGUGGUUCCCAGGGCCGAAGCACACGGCGAAGCUUGGGCGGCGACGGCACUCCCGAGGGCGCGGGCAUCUUCACGAGCACCGACGUCGUCGAGUACUACGUGAAAAACGGCCUCGGCGCGCCCAUCAAGGUGUUCUACUGCGUCGACGCCCCGCGCACCGAGGACUCGUUCACCCCGUACGACCUGCUCGUGGUGCCCAAGAACCAGGUGCAGGGUAAGAACGUGGAGCACUACACGGUUUCAUCCUCGGGCGUCGUCCACAUUCGGCCCGGGGUGCAGAGCGAGUUCACGCCCCUCGGCGAGUGGAUGCGCGACAGCAGCGUCUUCUCGCUGCUGAGGCAGAUGAAGUACUUCAAGAUGUACCUCGUGGGCAAGACGUUCAAAAUCUGGCGCGCGAACGUGAGACGGCGCCUGUACGAGCAGGUUCGCAAACGGAUCGAGCGAAGCCUGUUCCUGACCAAGCCCACGUUUUCGUCGACGGUGGCUGAACUCGGCGCGCUGUGCGCCGAAGUUCGGUACACGCCGGCGAUCGUCGUGGACCCGCAGACGACGUACCAGGUGGACGACUUUCGCGAAAUCCAGGAGCGCCAACGCGCGAACGUGGUGGUGCCCGCCAUGGAGUCGUGCCAGGAGCGCGCCGCCGCGGCGCUGGAGCGGGUCAUCAAGCGAACGGUGGACCAGGUUCAGGAGUACACGAAGAUGAUGGAGACGAACGACUCGAUCGACGCGAUGGUGAGCAAGACGAAGAGUCUGGUGGCGAUGAAGCGGGAGAGGCAGGAGCGCGCGCGGGGGUACAAGCGAAUCGUGGAGGAGUCGCAGAUGCUGCCCAACCUGGUGCGACUCGCCGACCUGAUGCUGACCGAGGCGCUCGUGGCGAUGGUGCAAAACUCCAUGGACGGCCUGCUUCACGUCAUGCGCCACCCGGACCCCAAGAGUAAGGGCGUGCUCAGCACCACCGUGCAGUUCGCGCACGAGCUCACCACGUUCACCCCCGACGCCAAGGGUGUCAUGCGGUGCAUCAACGACGCAGUCGUCGAUAAGCUCGUGGAGGCAAUCGGCGCGAUGCCCCGCCUGGUGUUCAUGCGGGCCUUCACGCCCCUGUUCGAGGGGUUGGAGAACCACCAGGGCUUCCAAGGCACCCAGUCCCCGAUGCAGAAGAGCGUCGAGUACGCCAAGCAGUUCGAGGAUCUCCGCGUCGUGUACAAGUUCGGCCUGUCCUGGAACCAGGAGGAGUACGAGCAGAAGCCCAAGGAUCUGCCCACGUUCAGGGCGGACAUGCGGGUCCAGCGGAACUGGGUCGGCGACCUCGACAAGAUGCGGCUGGGCGGCACGGUGGGCGUCGUAUACGUCGACGCCAAGACUCUCAGAGGCGACCUGCACUCCACGGUCACGUCCAUGCUCGAGGCCAUGAAGGCGCUGCUCCUCGUUGCCGCGAGGGAGGAGUCGACGCGCGUGGGCGACGCCUUCGCCAAGCGCAUCAAGACGAUGGAGCCGAGGCCGGAUGACCUGGCGGGAUUCAUGACCCUGGUGGACCACGCCCAGGCGCACGAGAGGAGCCGCAAGGAGUACAACAACGAGCACAAGAUUGUCGAGGACAUGUACGGCAUGCUGGUCAACUACGACAUGCGCAUACCCGCGAUGGACGGCGCCAAGCUGGACGACCUCAACGAGUCCGUGUCCAAGUUUAAGGGUGACGUCGACGAGGCGAAGGAAUUCAUCGAAUCCAAGACGCCGGCGAUGAUGAAGACGCUCAAGAACGACGCCGCGGACCUGGAGGAGGAGCUAUUCAAGGUUCAGUCCACGCUGAACCAGGGCGUUUUCAUGGAGGCCAACGCGGACGCCGCGCUGGUCAUGGAGGAGCUCGCCGCCGUCAAGACGACGCUGGACGCAGCCACCGCUCAGGUGAGCACCUACAAGCGGUACCAGCAGCUCUUUGACCUGGAGGAGGGAUCGUUCGAUAACCUCAAGAUGGCGACCAAGGAGUUCGACACCAAGUUCGAGUCCUGGAACGGCCUCAGGCAGUGGCAGCUCGCGUCGCAGCACUGGCUGUCGGCGCCGUGCCUCGACUUGGUGCUCACCGAGAUCAACAACACGGUGGAUGAGACCAACACCGCAGCGUUCAAGAUGCUCAAGCUCCGCAGGGACGAUCAGGUCGUCAUGCGCCUGCGUGAAGAGAUUGACGCCUUCAAGCGCUUCGUCCCGCUGCUCCAGGAGGUUGCCAACCCGGCGCUGUUGCCCCGACACUGGCAGCGGAUCAUGGAGCUCAUGGAGCAGCCCUACGACGAGGACAAGCCGACGUCGCUGCAGAAUCUGGUGGACUGGGGUAUCGAGGAAAAGAUGGAGGGCCUGGAGAACAUCGGCGCCGCCGCGUCCAAGGAGUACUCGCUCCUGCAGACGCUGAACAAGAUGAUGGGCGAAUGGGCUGGCAUGGAGUUCAGAUGCAUGCCCUACAAGGAAUCCGGCACCUACAUCCUUGGCGGCUCCGAGGAGGUGCAGGCUCUUCUGGACGACCAGAUUGUCAAGGCUCAGGGCAUGUGCGCAUCGCCGUUUGUCAAACCGUUCGAGCAGGACGCGAAAAACUGGUCGCAGGUGCUCAACGUGCUGCAAGACAUGCUGGACAACUGGCUCAAGGUUCAGUCCACGUGGCUGUACCUGGAACCCAUCUUCAGCUCGGAGGACAUCGUCAAGCAGAUGCCCGAGGAGGGCGAGAAGUUUGCGCAGGUGGAUGCCGAGUGGCGCGACAUCAUGAACGCCACCAAGGAAGCGCCCGAUGUCAUCGCAAUCGGCAACGAUAAGGAACGGCUCAACCGUCUCGUGGACUGCAACGAGCUUCUGGAUGAGAUCCAGAAGGGUCUGGCUGCGUACCUGGAGAAGAAGCGCCUGUUCUUCCCUCGCUUCUUCUUCCUGUCCAAUGACGAGAUGCUCGAAAUUUUAUCCGAGACGAAGGAUCCCACCAAGGUUCAGCCGCAUCUCAAGAAGUGCUUCGAGGGCAUCGCCAAGCUCAAGUUCUCGGACGGCGAGGACGGCCACGAGGAGCACGACAUCCUCGCGAUGAUCUCCGAGGAGAAGGAGGAGGUUCCCCUCAAGGAUAUCAUCUCGGUUCAGCAGGCCAACGGCGCGGUCGAGAAGUGGUUGCUGCAGGUGGAGGCUGCGAUGUUCGACAACAUCGCGCACAUCACCGGCGAGGGUAUCAAGUCCUACGGAGCCAAGCCGAGGGACCAGUGGGUGCUCGACUGGCCGGGUAUGGUCGUCCUCGUCGUCACGGCGGUGUUCUGGACGAAGCAGGUCACCGAGGCCAUCUCCGACGGUACUCGCGCGGUGGGCAAAUACGAGGAGAGGUGCACCAGCGAUCUCAUGAAAAUCGUCGAUCGCGUGCGCGGCGAGCUCACGUCGCUGCAGCGUAAGACGCUCGGCGCGCUCGUGGUCAUGGACGUCCACGCGCGCGACGUGGUUGCGAACCUGGCUAAGAACAAGGUGAGUUCCCCCACCGAUUUCGACUGGCAGGCGCAGCUGAGGUCGUACUGGGAGGAGGACGCAUCCGGCGCCAGGGACUUCACGGCGAUCAUGCGAAUCAUGUCCGCGGAGGUUGAGUACGGGUACGAGUACCUCGGUAACUCGUCGCGUCUGGUGAUUACCCCGCUGACGGACAGGUGUUACCGCACUCUGAUGGGUGCGAUUCACCUGACGAUGGGUGGAGCGCCCGAGGGACCCGCGGGUACGGGCAAGACGGAGACCACGAAGGACCUCGCCAAGGCUCUCGCCAGGCAAUGCGUCGUGUUCAAUUGCUCCGACUCGAUGGACUACAUCCAGAUGGGCAAGUUUUUCAAGGGUCUCGCGUCGUCUGGUGCUUGGGCGUGCUUCGACGAGUUCAACCGCAUCGACCUCGAGGUGCUCUCGGUGGUGGCGCAGCAGGUGCUCGACAUCCAGCGCGCGAUCGCCGCGAGGGUGACCAGCUUCAUCUUCGAGGGUACCGAGAUUGGCCUCAAGUAUAGCGCCUGGUGUUCCAUCACCAUGAACCCCGGUUACGCGGGUCGCUCCGAGCUCCCCGAUAACCUCAAGGCGCUCUUCCGAACCGUCGCGAUGAUGGUCCCCGACUACGCCAUGAUCGGCGAGAUCAUCCUCUACUCGUUCGGUUACCUCGAGGCUCGCGACUGCGCCACGAAGAUCGUGCAGUGCUACAAGCUCUGCUCUGAGCAGCUCUCCUCCCAGGACCACUACGAUUACGGCAUGCGCGCGGUGAUGGCGGUGCUUCGCGCGGCUGGUAACCUCAAGCGAAGGUUUCCGGAUGAGGACGAACACGUCCUGAUGCUCCGAUCCAUCAUCGACGUGAACCUGUGCAAGUUCCUUUCCCAGGACGUGCCGUUGUUCGAGGGCAUCAUCUCCGACCUGUUUCCCGGCGUGGUGCUGCCCAAGUCGGACUACACCCUGAUGGAGAAGGCGAUGCGAGAGGCGUGCGCCGAGAUGAACCUCCAGGAGGACCCCUACUUUUUCCUCAAAACCACCCAGCUCUACGAGAUGAUCGUGGUUCGACACGGCCUGAUGCUCGUGGGUGCGCCGUUCAGCGGUAAGACCAUGUCAUACAGGGUGCUGGCGAGGGCCUUGUCCAUCAUGGCGGAGCGCGGCGAGGAGGGCCAGGUGAAGUGCGAGUACCACUGCGUCAACCCCAAGUCAAUCACCAUGGGCCAGCUUUACGGUCAAAACGACCCUCAGACGCACGAGUGGCAGGACGGCGUGCUGGCCAAGGUUUACAAGGGGUGCGCGUCGGACCCGAGCCCCAACCGUAAGUGGGUGAUGCUCGACGGCCCCGUGGACGCCAUCUGGAUCGAGAACAUGAACACCGUGCUGGACGACAACAAGAAGCUGUGCCUCAACUCGGGCGAGAUUGUCGCGAUGUCGUCGGUGAUGAACAUGAUCUUUGAGGUUAACGAUCUGGCGGUGGCAUCACCCGCGACGGUGUCGAGGUGCGGUAUGGUGUACCUGGAGCCCCAUCAGCUCGGCUGGCGGCCGUUGUGCCUCUCGUGGCUCAACACCUUCCCAGAGACCAUCAAGCAGUCGUUCAAAGACCGGGUGCUGGCUUUAUUUGACUGGCUCGUGCCGGUGUCGAUCCGGUUCAUGAAGCGCGAGAUCAAGGAGGUUGCCGAGACGACAUACGAGGGCACCAACGUCGCCGUGAACCUCAUGCGCACGUUCAAGUCACUUCUUGUCGAGCAGCUCGCCGACCCCAAGGGCCUCAUCGCGAGCAUCAAGCGCGAGAGCGACAUGGAGAAGCACAUCGACUCGUGCUUUGUCUUUUGCCUCGCGUGGUCCAUCGGAGGUACGGCAAACUCCAACGAGGGCAGGCUCGCCUUCGACGAGUUCGUCCGCGUCGCGUACAAGGGUGAGCUCGACUUACCUCACGGCGAUAACACCGUGUACCAGGGCCCCAGCGGCGAGAAGUACAACCUUCCGGAGGACAUUCCCGAGGGGCACAUGACCACCUCGACGCCGCUGCCGCCGGACGAGGUCAAGACUAAGGAUCCCGAGGGUAACCUCAUCCCGACCAGGACCACGAUUUACGACUUCAGAUGGGACGUGACCAAGAGCGAGUGGGUGCCGUGGGAGAACGAUAUCGACAAGUCCCCCAUCCCACCCGAGAUGGCUUUCAAGCAGAUCAUCGUUCCGACCGUGGACACGGUCAGGUACCUCUUCCUCGCAGAUCUGUCCAUCCAGUACAACAACCCGAUCCUCUUCUGCGGACCCACCGGCACUGGCAAGUCCGUUUACAUGCAGGGUCACCUCAUGGGCAUGGAUAAGGAGAAGUGGGCGCCGCCAAACUUUGUCGGGUUCUCCGCGAAGACCUCCUCCAACAUCACCCAGUACCUCAUCGAUGCCAAGUUGGACAAGCGACGCAAGGGGUACUACGGGCCGCCCAUCGGAAAACGCAUGGCGAUCAUGGUGGACGACCUGAACAUGCCACAGAAGGAGGUUUACGGCGCUCAGCCCCCUAUCGAGCUCUUGAGGCAGUACAUGGACCACGGGGGCUGGUAUGACCGGGAGAAUAACUUCAGGAACAUGCAGGACUGCCUGUUUGUGGCGGCAAUGGGUCCCCCCGGCGGCGGGCGAUCGCCCAUCACGCAGCGGUAUCAGAGGCACUACAACUUGCUCUCCAUCGUGGAGUUUGACAGCAAGGCGCUCGAGCACAUCUUCGGCACGAUCCUCGCGUGGUUCUACAAGACCAAGGAGUUCCCUAAGGAUAUCCAAAAGCUUCAAAAGUCGGUCAUCGCGGCUACCCUGGACGUGUAUAAUACCUCCAUCAGCAAGCUGCUCCCCACCCCCGCCAAGUCGCACUACACCUUUAACCUUCGCGACGUCAGCCGCGUGGUGGAGGGUCUCACCCUGCAAAAGGCGGAGGGCAUCAAGACGGGUUUGGGCGGCGUCGGCGAGCACUACCGCCUGUGGGUGCACGAGACUUUGCGGGUGUUCUACGACCGCCUGGUGGACGACGAGGACCGAUCGUGGUUUUUGGAGUACAUCAAGGAGCUCACGGAGACGCACUUUGGCCAAAACUUCAACGAGCUCUUCGCUCAUCUGGACGAGGACGGCGACGGAACGGUGGACGCCGAGGAGCUCAGGCACUGCAUGUUCGGCGAUUUCAUGGGCGACGGCGAACCCGACAGCCAGGGGGGCGACCGUCUGUACGAUGAGAUCACCGACAUGAAGGAGGUGGUGACCCGACUCGAGGAGUACCUCGUGGACUACAACGGCAUGAGCAAGUCGCCGAUGAAUCUGGCCAUGUUCCUCUACGCCGCCGAGCACGUGGCGCGAAUUGCGCGCGUGCUCAAGCAACCCGGCGCGCACCUGCUCGCGGUGGGCGUCGGCGGCUCCGGGCGGCAGUCGCUGUCCAGGCUCGCCGCGUUCAUCAUGGGCAUGGAGUCGUUCCAGAUUGCCAUCUCAAAGUCGUACACCACGGUGGAGUGGAAGGAGGAUUUGAAAAAGUUCUGCAGGGCGGCUGGCGCCGAGGGCAGACCGUGCGUAUUCCUCUUCUCCGACUCCCAGAUCAAGGACGAAUCCUACGUCGAGGACAUAAACAACAUCCUCAACAGCGGCGAGGUGCCCAACCUCUUCCCCUACGACGAGCGAGCCGCGGUGAUGGAGCAGUGCAGGGUGCGCGCCAAGAAGGCUGGACAGAUUUUGGAAUCCGCCGAGGAGCUCUGGCACUACUUCAUCGCCAGCUGCAAGGCGAACCUGCACAUCAUCCUGUGCUUCUCGCCCAUCGGCGAGGCGUUCAGGGAGCGGCUCCGGCAGUUCCCCUCGCUCGUCAACUGCUGCACCAUCGACUGGUUCCGCGAGUGGCCCAACGACGCGUUGGAAGCGGUGGCUUCGAAGAUAUUAGCCGACGUGGACGUCCCCGCCGAGGAGCGCCAAAAGCUGCUCGUCAUGUGCAAGAGUUUCCACAAGGGGGUGGGCGAGCUCUCCGAGGAGUACCUCGCCAAGGAGGGGCGGCACAACUACGUCACGCCCACGUCCUACCUCGAGCUGCUCAACAUGUUCACCUCGUUGUUGGCCAAGCAGAGAGAGGCCGUCUCCGGCGCCAAGCGGAGGUACGAGGUUGGUCUGGAGAAGCUCGCCUUCACCGCGGAUGCCGUGAGGGACAUGCAGGACGAGCUCACGGCGCUCAAACCCAACCUGAUCAAGACGGUCGCCGAGACGGAGGAACUCAUGGAGAAGGUGCAGCGCGAAAAGGUGGAGGUUGUCGAGCCGAAGAAGGCUGCCGUCGAUGAGGAGGUUGCCGAGGCGGCCAAGAAGGGCGAGGCGGCGGGGGCGGUGAAAAAGGAGUGCGAGGAUCUGCUCGCCGAGGCCAUCCCCGCGCUCGAAGCCGCCGUCGCCGCGCUGGACACCAUCACGGACAAGGACAUCAAGUACGUCAACUCGUUCAAGAGCCCGCCGGCGAUGAUCAAGUUGGUGCUGGAGUCUGUGUGCGUUGCGCUGGCUGUCAAGCCCGCCAAGGUGCCCGAUCCGGCGGGUACAGGAAAGAUGAUCGAGGACUACUGGCCCCCGUCCAAGAAACUCCUCAUGGACCCGACGUUCAUCGAUCAGCUCCGCGGCUACGACAAGGAUAACAUUGACCCCGUGAUCAUGGAGAAGCUCCGCACCAAGUACAUCGCGGAUGAAACCUACACCAUCGAAAAGGCUGAAAACGCGGCGGCUGCCGCGGCGGGUCUGUGCAAGUGGGUCUUCGCCAUGGACUCGUACGACCGAGUCGCCAAAAUCGUCGCACCGAAGCAGCUCGCGCUCGCCGAGGCCGAGGCUGAGUACCAGAAGAUCAUGGACGCGCUCAAGGAGAAGCAGGAUAACCUCGCGGAUAUCAUGGGCAAGCUCGCCGCGAUGGAGCAGCAGCUCGAGGAUUCCGUCAACGAGAAGAAGCGCCUCGAGGAUGAGGUUGACUUGUGCACGGUAAAACUCGAGCGCGCCGAGUCUUUGAUCGGCGGCUUGGGCGGCGAGGGCGAGCGCUGGAAGGAGAGCGCCGCCAAGCUCGGCAUCGCCUACGAGAACCUCACCGGUGACAUGCUCAUCGCCGCGGGCAUGAUCUCGUACCUCGGAACCUUCACCAUGGCGUUCAGGGACGGCAUCGCCGACUCGUGGGUCAGCAUGUGCAAGGAGAGCGGGAUCCCGUCCUCGCCCAAGUUUUCGCUUCAGGACGUCCUGGGCGACCCGGUGGCCAUUCGCAAGUGGGGCAUCGCGGGCUUACCCAACGAUUCGUUCUCCAUCGACAACGGAAUCAUGAUUGCCAACGCGAGGCGAUGGCCACUGAUGAUUGACCCGCAGGGACAGGCGAACAAGUGGAUCAAGAACAUGGAACGCGAGAACAACGUGCAGGUGAUCAAGCUGACCGACGGCGAUUACCUCCGCACUCUGGAGAACGCCAUCCAGUUCGGCCUACCCGUGCUACUGGAGAACGUCAAAGAGGAGCUCGACCCGUCCCUGGAGCCGCUGCUGCUGAAGCAGCUAUUCAAGUCGGGCGGCGUGAUGUGCAUCAAGCUGGGCGAGAGCAUCAUCGAGUUCUCCGACAACUUCCGCUUCUACAUCACAACCUCACUGCGCAACCCGCACUACCUGCCGGAGACCGCCGUGAAGGUGACGCUUCUCAACUUCAUGAUCACGCUCGACGGCCUGAGCGAUCAGCUCCUGGGCGUGGUCGUGGCGGAGGAGAGACCCGACCUGGAGGCGCAGCGCCAAAAGCUCGUCGUGGAAUCCGCGGAUAACAAGAAGCGCCUCAAGGACAUCGAGGACCGCAUCCUGCACACGCUUUCGUCGUCCGAGGGUAACAUCCUCGACGACACCGCGGGCAUCGAGACCCUCAAGGAGGCGAAGAUCGUAUCCGACGAGAUCACCGAGAAGCAGAUCGUCGCCGAGGCUACGCAGGUUGAGAUUGACGCCGCGCGAGAGGGGUACAAGCCGUGCGGAGCGUACAACUCGGUGCUGUUCUUCACCAUCCGCGACUUGGCGAACAUCGACCCCAUGUACCAGUACUCGCUGUCCUGGUUCAUCGGCCUGUUUGUGCGUUCGAUCCACGCCUCGGCGGAGGAAUCCGAGGACGAGGACUCGGGCGAACCCGAACCCGGGGAGGUUGACCUCGACGAGCGGUUGAAGAUCAUCGCGGAACACUUCACGUACUCGCUGUACCAGAACGUGUGCCGAUCGCUGUUCGAGAAGGACAAGCUGCUCUUCUCGUUCCUGCUCUGCACGAGGAUCAUGACCAGCGAAGGUCGGCUGCCGGUUGAGGAGUUUAAUUUUUUCCUCACCGGCGGCGUGGGCGUCACCGCCAAGUCCGUGCCCCAGCCCAAGGGCGAGGAGUGGAUCAGCGCGAAGAUGUGGGGCGAGGUGACUCGCCUCGCGUCGACGUGCUCGGUGUUUGAGAACCUCCCGGACCACAUCGCGCAGGACACCGCGGCGUGGAUGGCGAUUUACGACGCGGUGCAGCCGCAGGAGAUGACGUUCCCGGGCGAGUACGGGACGCAACCCACGGCUUUCCAGAAGCUCUUGGUGAUGCGGUGUUUGCGCCCCGACAAGGUGACGCCGGCGGUGAACGAUUUCGUGGAUCAGACGAUGGGCCGACGGUUCAUCGAGCCGCCGCCGUUUGACCUGCAGGGUUCGUACAACGAGUCCAAUGCGAUGACGCCGCUGCUGUUCAUCUUAUCCGCGGGCUCGGACCCCACCGCCGCGCUGCUAAAGUUCGCGGACGAGGCGGGCAAGGGAUCGGACAUCGGCGUCAUCUCCAUGGGGCAGGGUCAGGGUCCCAAGGCGGCUGUGCUCAUCGAGGAGGGGCGCGAGACGGGCAAGUGGGUGCUGCUCCAGAAUUGCCACCUGGCGCCCUCCUGGAUGCCCUCGCUGGAGAAAAUCUGCGAGGGAAUCAACGCGGAGAACACCGACGAGCAGUUCAGGCUCUGGCUCACGUCCAUGCCGUCCCCGGCUUUCCCGGUUUCGAUCCUUCAAAACGGAGUCAAGAUGACCAACGAGCCCCCUCGCGGUUUGCGCGCUAACAUGCGCCGCUCCUUCCAGCUCGAACCCAUCGCCGACGAGGAGUUCUUCGAGGGGUGCAACAAGCCGGAGGUGUUCAAGAAGCUCUGCUUCGGCCUCGCGUUCUGCCACGGGUUCGUCCAGGAGCGUCGCGCCUUCGGGCCCAUCGGAUGGAACAUCCCCUACGGCUUUGACGACGGAGACCUCAAAAUCUCCGUCCGACAGCUCCAGAUGUACGUCAACGAGAACGAACAGACGCCGUUCGAGGCGCUCAAGUACGCCACCGGCGAGUGCAACUACGGCGGGAGGGUCACCGACGACAAGGAUAGGCGCCUGCUCAACACCCUGUUGCGCAAGGUGUACGCUCCGGCUGCGCUGAAGAAGGGUUUCAGACUGUCCGAGAGUGGCACCUACGUCAUCCCAGAGGAGGGCUCGCAUGAGUCUUACCUGGAUUACAUUGCGACGCUUCCUAUUCUUCCGUUACCGGAGGCGUUCGGACUGCACGAGAACGCCGACAUCACGAAGGACCUCGGGCAGACGGCGCUUCUCACCGAGACGCUGAUCAAGACUGGGGGCGGAUCGGGUGGCGGUGGCGGCGCGCAGGAUGAGCUCGUGGCCAAAAUCACGAAGGAUAUCAUCGACCGGCUGCCGCCCAACUUUGACAUCGAGGCCGUCCAGCGAAAGUUCCCGGUGCGGUACGAGGAGAGCAUGAACACGGUGCUCGCGCAGGAGAUGCUGCGCUACAACCGGCUCCUCUCCAUCAUCCGCAACAGCCUGCUUCAGCUGCAGAAGGCCAUCGCCGGCUUGUCCGUGAUGUCCGCGGAGCUGGAGAAGGUUUUCAACUCGUUCGCGAUUGGCCAGGUGCCGGCGAUGUGGAUGGGCAAAUCCUUCCCCUCGCUCAAACCCCUCGGAUCGUACAUCGAGGACCUGCUCGCCAGGCUCGACCUGUUCGACGGCUGGUACAGGAACGGACAGCCCUCCAUCUUUUGGAUCUCGGGCUUCUUCUUCACCCCGUCGUUCACCACCGCGGCGCUGCAAAACUUUGCGCGUGGAAACAACUACGCCAUCGACACGGUGGGCUUCGAGAUGGAGAUGAUGGAGAUGGACCCUGGACUGUACACCGAACCGCCCGACAGCGGCAUCUACAUCCACGGUCUGUUCAUGGAGGGAUGCGCGUGGGAUAAGGACAAGAAGAUGCUGUGUGAGAGCAGGCCCAAGGUUCUCUUCGAGCCCGGGCCUUGCAUCCACCUCAAGCCGGUGCUGCUCAGCGACAUCAAGGACUACCCCCACUACUCUUGCCCGGUGUACCGGACCGCGGAGCGCAGGGGCGUGCUGGCGACGACGGGCCACUCCACAAACUUCUUGAUGAUGAUGAAGAUGCCGACGGAUGUGGACCCGGAUCACUGGGCGAUGCGAGGCGUCGCCAUGCUGUGCAGCCUCAAGGACUGAGGUGGAGGCAAUGCACAAUUCUUUGGUUAGCCAAACACUUAGAGGUUCGCAACCUGUGUUACUUUAAACGUGUGAAUACUAUCGUAGCUAUGAAAUC